UUUGGAUGAAUAUAUUGUUCAGUUUCGAUUGAGAGCUCGUCCGAGAACAACAAAAAUGAAUAAAAAAAAAUUUAGUUGUGACGAAAAAUUUUCGGAGAAUUAUUUGGUACACGUUCUUAAAAGUUUCCAGAUGUGCUUCAGUAUUGUUCUGACGGGUAUCUUGCUGGUUGUACAAAUGGCUGUCAAGGCGUUCAAGAAUCUGAAGGAGAAGAUAUACUGGAUUUACAGUUUCGCUCGAACUCUGGUCCAUACUUUGCUGUAUACUGUGAUUCCCAUUUGUGUGAUGGCCUAUCUCAUUCAUUGGGUCCAUAAGAAGAACGAUGCAUUCAUUUAUCUGCUGGUCAAACACUUGCAACUAUUCGAAGUGGAAGCAAACGGAGAAAAGGACGUGCAGGACUCUGGCGUUGAUCAGAAGACGUAUCACUAUGGCGCUGAUGUGGAGACGUUUCGCUAUGGCGCUGAACUGGAUGCAUUUCAGUUUGGCUCAUCAUGCAGCCUCUUCUAGCUGUUUUGGAGCUUAGAAGCAAAACCUACACAUACACACAUGCAAAUACACAUACACACAUGCAAAUACACAUACACA